GGGCGUGUUUUCAUCUAGCUAACGGUACUGGGUGAGGCAUAGAACUUGCUACUUCUUCUGGACUCUUGUACAACAGCGCCAGAUAAACGUUAGUAAAGAAGAUUUAAGGCCAUUUAAUAAGUUGGGAUGUGAGUGAAGUGUGACUAAGCGACAGUACAAGUGCAGUUCACGCGCAGCACUCCACCUCCUCGAACGGUAGCAGACCUUAGACAUGAAACUCUAACUCUUAGGUGAGUUCCGACAGUUUUAUUACAGCAUUUUUUCUUCAAUUCGGUGGCGUUAAAAUUUGUUUUCAGAGAACACUAUGCAGAGCGAAAAAUCUGAACCGACUGAACCCCAGGGCGUUAAGAGUCCGAGCGCGAGCGGGUCAGAUGAGGCAGCACCGAGCAAUGUGGAAACGGAGACCAACAAACCCAAGGGGAUAAGUGCUGUCGCAGUGCUGUGGACCUUUGGGAAAUGUCUGACUGCCUUGCUACCCGUCUACCUUGCCGGUUAUUAUCGGGUCAGCACCAGUCUUCUGGUGUUCGGCAUGAUGGUCUAUACGGGAUGGAAACAUGCGCGAGAGGCAAAGGAGGACCGUCUCAAGUCAGCGAUAGAGCUGCUCGGCAACGAGGAGGACUAUAUGUCCAGAACAGUCUCCAAAACCAAGCUUCCUGCAUGGGUAAACUUUCAAGAUGUUGAGAAAGUUGAAUGGCUGAAUAAGGUAUUGCAGCAGGUGUGGCCCUUUGUUGGCCAGUACCUUGAGAAGCUUCUGGUAGAAUCCAUUGCUCCUUCUAUCAGAGCCUCAAGCGCCCACCUCCAGACACUCAACUUCACCAAGGUGGACAUGGGAAAUAAGGCUAUGAAAGUUGUUGGGAUCAAGGCACACACAGAAAACGACAAAGGGCAAGUUCUGCUAGAUCUGUACAUCAGCUUUGUUGGCAAUGUAGAGAUCAACGUUGAAGUAAAAAGAUACUUCUGCAAAGCUGGAGUUAAAGGAAUACAGCUACAUGGGAUGAUGCGAGUGAUUCUGGAGCCUCUGAUUGGAGAUGUGCCCAUAGUGGGUGCAGUCACUAUGUUUUUCAUCCGUCGGCCUAAACUCGACAUCAACUGGACUGGAUUGACUAAUUUGUUGGACAUUCCUGGACUAAAUGUCAUGUCAGACAGCAUGAUCAUGGACGCCAUUGCCUCUUUCUUGGUGCUGCCAAACCGUCUAGUUGUACCACUGGUCCCUGGUUUGCAUGUGUCUCACCUACGCUGCCCUUUGCCCAGGGGUGUUGUGCGCAUUCACCUCCUGGAGGCACAGAAUCUGGCAGCCAAGGACAACUACGUAAAAGGGGUCAUGGCAGGCUUGUCUGACCCCUACGCUAUAUUAAGAGUGGGGCCUCAGACCUUCACUUCCAAACAUAUUGAUAAUACAGACUCUCCCAAAUGGGGAGAGAUGUAUGAGGUCAUAGUCCAUGAAGUGCCUGGUCAGGAGUUGGAGGUGGAGGUGUAUGAUAAAGACCCAGACCAGGAUGAUUUCCUGGGAAGGACCAAAUUGGAUUUGGGCAUUGUGAGGAAAUCCAUAGUUGUUGAUGAUUGGUUCACUUUGAAAGAUGCUCCUUCUGGACGGAUUCAUUUCAGACUGGAGUGGUUGGCUUUGCUUCCCAGUACUGAUCGAUUAGAGCAGAUCUUAAAGAAGAGUGAGAAUGUCUCCUGCAAGACUAAUGAGCCCCCGUCUUCAGCCAUCUUGGUUCUGUAUCUGGACAAAGCUGAGGCACUUCCUAUGAAAAAGGGAAAUAAAGAGCCCAGCCCCAUGGUGCAGAUGUCUGUGAAGGAUGUCACCAGAGAGAGCAAGAUCUGUUAUACAACCAAUAAUCCAGAGUGGGAAGAAGCGUUUACCUUCUUUAUUAAAGAUCCCCGCAAACAGGACAUAAACAUUCAGGUGAAGGAUGCUGACCGUGUGCAGCUGCUGGGCAGUCUGACCAUCCCCCUGUCCCGCCUACUGGCAAAUUCCACUCUUUCUCUGGACCAGUGGUUCCAGUUGGAAAGUCCCGAAUCAGCCAGUCGCAUAUAUAUCAACGCAGUUCUAAGGGUCUUGUGGUUAGAUGAGGAACAUGUUUCAUCUGAUGUGUCAUCUAAUCUGGAAGCUGGAUUGUCCAAACAGCUGGCCCAACACACCUCCCCUCAUCCUAGCUUUGCUACAGAGGGACUGCUGAGAAUUCACCUAUUGGCAGGCCAGAAUCUUGUUCCAAAAGAUAACCUGAUGGGUGGCAUGGUGAAAGGCAAGAGUGACCCCUAUGUCAAGCUCAACAUAGGGGGUGAAACAUUCACAAGCCAUGUUAUCAAGAGUAAUCUUAACCCCACCUGGAAUGAGAUGUAUGAGGUUAUUCUGACCGAGCUUCCAGGCCAGGAGGUGCAUGUGGAGGUGUUUGAUAAAGACAUGGACAUGAAGGAUGACUUCAUGGGCAGGCUGAAUAUCAGUCUGAAGGAUAUCAUUGACUCUCAGUACACUGAUCAGUGGUACACGCUGAGUGAUGUAAAGUCCGGCCGACUUCACUUAGUGCUGGAAUGGGUUCCAACAUCUUCAGAGUCAGACAGACUGGACCAGGUUCUUCAGUUCCACUCCAGGCAGUCUUUCCAAAACAAGGCAGUGCCCUCUGCAGCUCUAUUGUUUGUGUAUGUCGACCAAGCAGAUGGCUUACCAGUGAAAAAGAGCGGAAAAGAUCCAAAAGUCGGAGCAGAGUUAACUCUUAGAGAAAUGUCUCAUAAAACGACAGUGUGUGAACGUACAACAUCACCUCAGUGGAAUGAGGCAUUCUGCUUCGUGGUCCGUGAUCCCAGAGAAGAUAUCCUUGUACUUAAGCUUUUUCACAGCUGGACCUUGCCCAUUGGCUCUCUGAUUGUUCCUGUUAGAGAGCUGCUGUCUGAACCAGAACUGGUCCUGGACCAGUGGUUCCAUCUGGAUGGAGCCUCACCUGAGAGUCAAAUUCUACUGAGGACUGAACUAAAGUUGCUGAUCCCUAGCAAGUGUCCAGGUGCUACUGAAAAGGCUAAGGUCACUGUGGCAUCGGACCCUGCUCCAGCUAAACACCCACAGGAGACAGGCAAAGUGCUCAAGUCAAGUUCAGUGGACACUCCUCCGGUGGAGACAAUCACUUCCUCAGUGAUUUUGCAGGAAAAGGUUGAAGAAAAAGAAAGUGCUGUGGAUGUGAAUGAGGAUAAAGUGGAGGAAUCACUGACCCCUGUCAUAACACAGCCCCCUCAUACUUCCCCAGAUAUUAGCUUUGCCAGUGAGGGACUUCUGAGAAUCAUCCUGUUGGAGGCCCAGAGUUUGGUUGCUAAAGACAACAAGAUGGGUGGGAUGGUGAAGGGCAAGAGUGAUCCCUAUGCCAAGAUCAGUAUCGGGAAGGUCUUGUUGAAGAGUAAUGUGAUUAAGGCGAAUCUAAACCCAGUUUGGAAUGAGAUGUAUGAGGUGGUAAUGAGGCCUCAGUCAGGACAGGAGGUGCAAGUGGAGCUGUUUGAUAAAGAUAUGGACACAGAUGACUUCUUGGGCAGGUUCAAAAUCAGUGUCUCGGACAUAAUCCAUUCCCAGUACUCAGACCAGUGGUACACCCUGAAUGACGUAAAGUCUGGUCGUGUUCGUUUGAUACUAGAGUGGGUUCCCACAGUGUCCCAUAAUGACACCCUGGACCGGGUGAUGCAGCUGCAGUCUGGCCAGUCUUACCAGAACAAGGCGGUUCCCUCUGCAGCACUGCUCUUUGUUUACUUGGACAGAGCACACUCAUUGCCUUUUAAGAAAAGUGGAAAGGAGCCCAAAGCUGGAGCUGAGCUUGUAUUUGGUAAAACAACUUACAGAACUAAGGUGUGUGAUCCCUCCCAAUCUCCUCAGUGGAGUGAGGCCUUCCACUUCUUGGUUUGUGACCCCAGAGAAGAGAUGCUCAUAAUCAAGUUAUCCAGUGCGUGGGACCAGCCGAUGGGAUCUCUUGUGCUUCCUGUGAGAGAGCUGCUCUCUGAACCACACUUGGUCCUGGACCAGUGGAUGCAUCUGGAUGGAGCUUUGCCAGAAAGUGAAAUCCUCCUUAGAGCUGAACUCAAGAUCCUUAACACCCGGAUGACAGAAGUGCCACGACCAUCUUCCACUGAUUCAGCGAAAAAAGUUUUGACCCCCCCCACUGAAGAGAUAAUUCAAGAAGCUCAUGAGGAGGAGAAAAACGAUGUUCCAAGAAAUGAGUCUCUUGCAGUAUCAGACCAGCCUCCACAACCUGAAUCGCAAAUAGCAGAUCCUGCCCGUUCCACACCAAAAGUUCCUCCUGUAGAAUCAGCUGCCACUGAAUCCACACGUGAUACAAUCCCUUCCCCUGCAUUGGUGGAAGAACCCACAGAUGCAGAUCGGCAUCCCACAAAGUCACACACAGCUGUUAGAAAAGACUCUGAACCACAUCGAGUCCAAACAGAGGGAACUGGUUUGGACGAUCUUGCUCAUGCGACAAUCACAGGUCUUCCCACUGACUCCACGAAGCCAGCAAAAGUCACAGAAAUGCCCAAAGUGGGUCCAGUUCUUCCAUCACACACAGCACCAAGCCAGGAUUUUGGUAAAGAGGGGCUGCUGAGGAUUCACCUGCUGGAGGCCAAGAAUCUGGUUGCAAAGGAUAACCUGAUGGGUGGAAUGGUGAAGGGCAAGAGUGAUCCCUAUGUCAAGAUUAACAUAGGAGGGGUUGCAUUUAAAAGCCAUGUUAUCAAAGAAAAUCUAAACCCAACCUGGAAUGAAAUGUAUGAGGUUGUUUUGAGUGGACACAGAGACCAGGACAUCAAGUUUGAAGCAUUUGAUAAGGAUUUAGAUUCGGAUGACUUUCUAGGAAGAUUCACUGUUAAGAUUAAAGAGGUCAUCAGAUCACAGUACACAGAUCAGUGGUUCACUCUACAGGACGUGAAAUCUGGAGCCGUUCACUUGAUACUGGAGUGGGUUCCUACUGUGUCAAAUUCAGUCAGACUUGAUCAGGUGCUGCAGCUUCAGUCUCUCCAGUCUUAUCAGAACAAAGCUGUUCCCUCUGCAGCUCUGCUCUUCGUCUACAUAGAGGCAGCGCAUUCGCUUCCAUUGAAGAAGAGUGGGAAAGAGCCCAAAGCAGGAGCUGAGCUCGUUCUGGGUGACACAACCUACAAAACCAAAGUGUGUGACCGCAGUACCAGUCCUCAGUGGAAUGAGUCUUUCUACUUCCUGGUGCAUGACCCCAAACAUCAGAUGCUUGUGCUGAAGCUGUCCAGUGGCUGGGACCAGCCGAUGGGAUCUCUCGUGGUUACUGUUAAGGAGCUACUCGCAGCGCCGCAGCUGGUCCUGGACCAGUGGUUCCAUCUGGACGGCGCCUUGCCUGACAGUCAGAUCCUCCUGAGGGCUGAACUCAAGAUUUUGAAGUCCAAAAUGGUGGAUAUGAUCGGUACAGGGACUCUGCCUUGUGCUGCUCCUGGCCCUGGAAAUGGGCAGGUUAAGAUGUCUCUUUCGUAUGCCACGCAGGAGAGAAAGCUUGUUGUCAUCGUGCAUGCCUGCAGGGCUCUGAUGUCACAAAGUAAAGACGGUAUCGACAGCUAUGUCUCGCUCAUGCUGCUGCCAGACAAAAGUAAGGCCACCAAGAGAAAGACAGCUGUGAAGAAGAAAGAUCUCAACCCAGAAUACAAUGAAAGGUUUGAGUAUGAUCUCUCUGAGGAAGAGACAAGAUUCAGGCGCCUCAGUGUAUCGGUGAAAAAUAACUCUGCUUCCUUCAGGAGCCGAGAUGUGAUUGGACAGGUGCAGAUUGAGCUGGCCCAGAUGGACCUGAAGUCUGGUGUUACAGAGUGGUUCACUCUGACUGACGAGGCUGAAUAGUUGUUCUGCUUGCUGACCUUGUUGUAACAGUGAUGAGAACUUCAUCACCUAAUCUGCUGCUUCUCACACUGAUGCCUUCUUCUUCUCCACUUCUGCACCACUGUGGCAGCUUUACCUGCAUCCACCCAGCUCACUGUGUAUGAACAUAAAGUAGAAAAGUGGAGUGCACUAUAUGUAAUUACUUCCACCAAAGAUGAGUAGGCUGAAGUAGUUGGGUUUAAAAAAUAAGAAAAGCUUUUAGGAGGUCAGAAAAUGGUUAAAUUGUUGCAUGAGGAUGAGUUUAUAGAUGGAGUAGAGCAAGUGAUUCAGGUUCAGGAGGAACGUUGUCAGAUUUAGUUUUUUUUUUCUUGUUGCUAUUAAUGUUUGAGAAUAUUUUGUUUGAAGUGCAGUAACGUCUGAUUUUAGUUGCGUUUGUAUCAUUUAUGAAGGUUGAUGCCACUUCAGUAUUUUUAACCUUUUUUUAUGGCCGGUUUACAGUGGAUCUCAUAUAUGUAUAUUUCACAGUACUUUUCCACGUAUCUUAUCACAGCGCCUUAUUGAAUAAUUUUUUAUGUUUAUUUUUUACAGCUAAGAUGUCUUUGCUUCUCAUACUUUACACUUAUGGUAUUUUUGAGUUUUCAUAUGUUUGCAAAGAUUGAUCAGAUCGUAUACUGUUUGUUGAAAAAUAAUAAACAGAUUUUGCACCU